ACUCCCUUGUUUUUACGGAAAAGUGCCCUGUGAUCUUCUGCUGAAGCACAAGAGAGGAAAAUAAUGGAGACGGCAGGAGAAUGGCUGGAGAAGGCUUUGAUUGAUUUGUGUAAAAAAAUAGAGACGGGUUUGGAUUUGGAUGCUGAAAUUAUUUCUGGGUUAGUUUCCUAUUGCGAGUUGGCUCAUCCCCUUGACGCCAAAGAAUAUCUUGACAAUAUUAUUGGACAAGAAGCAGGAAAAGUUGUUACCGAAGAGUACUUGCGGCGGAGGGGUCACUUAGUUCUCUGCACCGGCAAUGCAGCCAUCCCUGCUUCGAAACUUCAAGCCUAUGUCAAACCACCUUCGGGUGAAAUCUCUGUCAGUGGAACGAAGAAACCAUUUAAGACUCCAAAAGAGGCUGCGGGCUCUAGUUAUCGGGCUGAACCAAAAAAGAAUGUCAUUUCUGGUAAUCAGGAAAACAGAAUCCCGAAUGAUGCUAGUGAUUCAAGAAACAUGCAUAAAGGGAACCAAGGUAAUUCUAAAAAGAAGAAAGCUGGUAAAGUUGUUUCACUUGCAGAGGCAGCCAAAGGGUCGAUUGUCUUCCACCAGGGGAAACCGUGCUCGUGUCAAGCUCGCCAACACAGACUGGUCAGUAAUUGUCUUUCAUGUGGUAAGAUAGUCUGCGAGCAGGAAGGAGAGGGGCCGUGCAAUUUCUGUGGUGCUCUAGUGCUUAGAGAAGGGAGCACGUAUGCUGGUCUUGAAGGAAGCUUCACUCCUGUAUCAGAUGCUGAAGCAGCAGCUGAAGCUUACGCAAAAAGGCUUGUAGAAUAUGACAGAAACGCUGCAGCACGUACGACAGUUAUUGAUGACCAAAGUGACUACUAUGAGAUUGAGGGUAACAGUUGGCUAUCAAAGGAGGAGAAGGAACUUCUGAAGAAGAAACAAGAGGAGAUUGAAGAAGCUGAACGUUUGAAACGAAGUAAAGUGUUUGUGACUUUUGAUUUAGUGGGACGCAAGGUCCUAUUGAAUGAAGACGAAGUUUCAGAACUAGAAUCCAAGAACAGAAUACUUCUACGUCCACCAGAUGAAAGGGAAGCAAACAGGAUUAAACCGAAUCCAAACCUUAAACUGCAACCAGUUUUUCUAAGUCCGGUCCCCAGUAAGAAGGGUUCCAAGAGUAAACAGCCAAGUAAGAGCCCUGUUAGUGGCUUGUGCUUGGAAAUUACAGGGAGGGUGCAACAUGACAGCAAUGAGUUGAAAUAUUUUAUGACCGAUAAAAAGAUGGAAGCAGCUUGAAAUGGAAGUUUAGGCAAAGACACUGAAGUGAACUGUGGUCUGGAUGCAGCAGAGGAUGAUGUUGAAUGUUCUCUAUAUUACCAUUAACAUCAAUAUCUUGCUUACCGAAUAACUUUUUUUUUUAUUCUAUAGUCUUUAUAUUACAUUGAUGAAUCAAAACCUUCUUAAAAUUUGUUUUCA